GUACAAAGAAAGGGACUUUAUUUAUUAUAUGUAUUGGCAUAUAAAAAAAAACCGAAUGAAAAAAUCCUUCCUUGCGCAGCUGUACUUCAGAACUAGUUCAUUCUCACUCAAAAGGGCUUUUUAUAUCAUUUUAAACGUGUUACGAAACUACGUGUUGACGAUACAUUUCAAAAGGAUAAAACUUUUAGUGAUGAGUCAGGUUCGCUGUCGUCGUCGUCGUCUUCGUCAUCAUCAUCAGGAGCAGCAGCAGCAGCAGCAGCUCUACGGCCUCCCCUGAGUGACGUAACGCCACUUCCUCGUUCCAGGGAUCAGUGUCCGAACUGCAAACGGCCUCAUUUAAAUACAAAGAAUGCGCAGUCGCCGCUUCGCGUGCCAACUCUCGCGACCAUCUCGGGCUAAAAGAAGACGAAUUCAGCACGAGCGUGUAGCUUUCUUAGUGCUGGCACGAGGGCUUCAGACCCCCUCCCACCUCUGGCGGCGGACACGAGCACAGAUGCGCAUCCCCGCUGCGGAGGGUAUGGGAAGCGGCGGCUCCAGAGCUCCGCGUCUGCGCAGGGUGUGCGCCGAGCACCGCGGGGGAAUCAACUGGCUGAGCGUGAGCCCGGACGGGAAGCGCGUGCUGACCUGCAGCGAGGACGGGACCGCGCGCGUGUGGUGGACGUCGGGGCCGCGCUGCUACGCGCUCCUUCAAGGACAUGAGAGCUACGUAACCCAUGGUCAGCUGGAGGAUGACGCGGCGUACACGUGUAGCGCGGACCACACGGUGAGGCGCUGGGAUGUGGACACGGGACUGUGCAUGCACGUCUUCAGGGGACACACUUCCACUGUGAACAGGCUCCUGGUUGCUGGAGGGUGUGUGUUCAGUGGUUCGUAUGACCGCACGGCACGCUGCUGGAGCCCUGACAGUGGCUGGCAGCUGCAGGAGUUCCGGGGCCACCGCAACAGCGUGCUGGUGUUGGCUCACUUCGCAGGACACGCUGUGAUGCCUGGGUUUGAGUCAGACAGUGAGGAGGACCGGAACUUUCUGGUGACAGGCAGCACCGAUUGCACCGCCAGACUUUGGUUGGUGUCUGACGGCCGCUGCUGUCUCACCCUUCGUGGCCACAAAGGGGCAGUCCUCUGCAUGGUGUUGGACACGCUCAGAAGGGUCCUGUUCACGGGUAGCAUGGACAACACGGUGCGGUCCUGGGACCUUGCAACCGGGGACCAGAUAUGCAUUUUUCAGGACCACCAGGGCUCUGUCAUCUGCCUGGAGCUUGUGGACAGACACUUGUACUCGGGAAGCACCGAUCGGACUGUCAAGUGUUGGUUGGUUGCCUCCGGAGAGUGUGUGCGUACGCUCAAGGCACACCGACACACUGUGAGCGCACUCCAGUAUCACAAGGGCAUCUUGUUUACAGGAAGCGGAGACUCUUGUGCAAGGGCCUUCGAGACAUCGUCCGGGGUUCUGAAAAAAAUCUUCAAGGGACACAAGUUUAUCAUCAAUUGUCUGCAGGUUUGUGACCAGAUGCUCUACACAGCAUCCCAUGACUGCACCAUGAGGACGUGGGACGUGGAAGGCCUGUGUGGAGGUGACCGUGGGGGGAGUGGACAGAACCAGCGCAAAGGCACCUUUGGCCUUUUGCGGGUGGGCAAAAACAGAGUGGGCUGUGUGGAGUCGCCGAGAACGUCCGCCAUGAAGUGUGGUGUUGGAGACGAUGGCGGCAAUCAGGAGGAGACACUGGAGCUGUUCUAGGCUGCUUGGCAUGGUUUACAAGUGAAAUCGUUCCCAGAUUUGUCUUCCACUGACAUAUUUGGCACACUGGAAAAUAUUAAACUUUUUUUGAUGUUUGGACACACCCUAAUGGAUAGAGUUGUGUGACAACACUGGAUCGGAGCCAUCCAAGAUAAUUAACCUCUACAGUGCUUCCCGACCUCCCCUUUUCAUGUCACACCAGCUGAGCUGCCAUUUCGUGGUGUCCUCUUGCUUCCUCUCCUGAAGAUCUCUGCUCCUCUUAAAUUUCCUCUUAAACUGGCUCCCUCUCUGUUACGGCAUCCUUGUUAAAUGCUGCUGGACCUCAGAUGUAGUGUUUUUGGACCACUUGAUCCUUG